UAAGUGUAUCUAAUAUUAUGCAUAUUAUUUCAAAAACUAUAGUUAGUAUUAACGGGAAUGUAAUAUUUUAAUAUUGAAUAUUUCUGACAUUGGAUUGUGUGUUGAGAUUUUUAUUAUUAUUAUUAUUUUGCAAAGAAGUCGAAGUUAAAAAGACAAUAAGAUACAUGUAUAACUGCAUAAGGUUUAGAAAAUCUGUGGAACAUUUUAAUACAUGAUAAAUUAUAAAUGAUGGAUUUAAGAUCAACUUUCGAAAAGGAUUCAACUGAAUUAGAUCAGAAAAAUGUGUUAAAUAACUCAAAAACGUUUAUGCAUGAACAUCCGAAAAUUGAAAACAUUCAAUGGAGCAUAGCGAACGAGCAUUUAAGGGCAUCUGGUAUUACGGAACAUUAUACAACAAUUAAAGACACGUUAAAUGAAGACAUCAGCCCCAGGGACUCUACUGAAAUUGGCGUCAGAACACUUGAUGCAAGCCAAGGGGCUGGAUAUCCGUAUGUGACAUUCAAUGGGAGUGAAGGUUUUCCUACCCGCAAUAAUGAUGCUACAUCUGAAUUAUAUUCAUAUGCAACCAAUCAUCCUGUCCUACACUGGCAAGAAAGAGAAGACGAAAACAGAUUAGGUCACUCAUAUCUAUCUCUAAGUGCAAACGGCCAUAACGAUCAGGAGAUAUCAGAAGAUCACAGUGGAAAAAGUAAUCAUUGUACAAAUAAUGGAGUUCGGUAUGAUAACAAUAAAACAAAUUUUAAGCCGGGUACAAGUCAAACUCCGAGUCAGUAUGAUAAUCAAAAAGAUACAUACCUGGUUUCUCGUCAGGAGAAGGCAAAGUUGAAGCAAAAGAAGCACAUGAACUUGUACGAUAUAGACUGGCAGAACAUUGGAAAUAAGCACCUUGCAUAUGGUGGUCAAAAUGGAAACAACCAUUCUAAUUACUCUCAACUUGGCAGUACCUAUGUUGAUAAAGAUGUUAGGAUUCCAGGAAGUGGAAAUCCGGCAUCGGCUAUACCAAAAGCAAGACAGUACCGUAAAAGGAAAACCACUAUCGUGAUUGUAAUCAUUCUGCUACUGCUAGUUGCUAUUGCUGCUGUGGUUGGUGUACUAUUGAUUACCAAGCAAACAGAAAACGUCUGUGACGACCGGGACGGAUGCCAUUCAAAAUGUCCAAAAUACCCAGAUGUUUCUAAUGGUCAUGUCAGUUCUACUGAAGAAGUUUAUCCUUCAUCAAUGGUUAAUAUAUCUUGCAAUGAAGGUUUCAGAAUUAAUAGAAAGGACAUGGCAGUAUGUUUGGACAGCGGGUCUUGGAGCCAUAUUGCUACAUGUGAACCAGUUGAUUGUGGAAAGUACCUGCCACCAGAUCAUGCGCUCAUAUUAGAAUCUGGACAAGAGACCACAUUCAACACUUCGGUAAGUGUAACAUGCGAUGCUGGGUUCCAACUUGUAGAGGAGAGCGACAGUUUUGUCUGGUGUACUGGAGACGGACAUUGGAGUGGAAAUCCUAAAUGCGAAAAUCUAGUUGAUUUAUCUAUAAAUCCAAGCUUCUUUCUGAUCGGCGAAACAGCCAAACUAACUUGUGAAUUUCGAAAAGCAUCUGACUGGAGGAAAGUUGUGUUCAGAAGAGCCAGUUGGAAUAAAGAUUCAGUCACAAUAGCAUCAAUAGAAAAUAACAUAGUUUCAUACAAACCGAAUACAGCUAAUGACAAUAUCGAGAUAAUAGAAAACAGUUUUACGCAUGAUUCGGGUAAAGUUAUCAUAACAUUUGAAACUGUCCAGUGUUCCGAUGCGUUUGAAAUACCUGGGGAUAUCAACUUCACAUGUGAAGUUCAAAUGGAUAAUUUGCAUGUCUUUCAUGCCGAAAGAUUGAUUAGAAUACAAGGUAAGCCCGAUGCUCCGAUGUUAACGAUGUCUCCGCACGUAGUCGAAGGAGAAGACACAACUAGAUCUCUGUUCGUAUGCGAGAUGCUUUUUGCAGAACCGAAUGGUAAAGUGAUUAUUGAAAGUGACUAUAGCGGUACAUACACCACAUUGCUAUCGUCUGUGAAUGGUGAAUACGAAACUGAUGCGGCUUGGAUUGAAGACAUAAAGACCACUCUGAAAAACUGUUGGUACAGGAUGGUAGUUAGUUUUGGCUUGAAAGCUGUUUCAAUGAAAUGGCAUCGGAAACAUAUUAGAUGCAUUGCACAAUCUUCUAAUAGUUCAGUUUAUCAUACAGUUUUCACAUCUGACAACGGCGUUGUCAAAGUUCUUCCAGAAAGAAUCUGUCAAGGUCAAGAUCUUGUCUUAUACCCAUAUAACUGUGGUAUGUAUGUUGAGUGUGAUAGUGAGGACGGUUAUAAUUCUGUGAUGGAUGUUAUUGCAUGUGCAAACGGCAACUGUUACAAUGUUAACAUCGGAGGAUGCAGCCAAUGUUCUGUUGAAAGUAGUUGUUCAGUUACAGACAUUUACUACAAAGACGGGGGCUCAAACGAAAUAGGGUCAGCAUUAACCAUCGUGUGCAUUGUUGAAGAUUUCAAAGAUCUUACGGAUAUAAAAAUUAGCAGAGGCAGUGGAGAGAUGGUGUCCUCAUUAAGCACAGGUGACAAUAUCAAGGGCAUUAGCACUGUUCCAGAGAUGAGUCACCGUAACAGCACCGGCGGCAUGCUUUCAGUACACAUAAGCUACCUUUUGUGUGAUGAUGAAGCUACAUACCGUUGUUUUCCGGAAGGAGGCGGACAAUAUUCGGAUGACGUCAUAUAUCUGAAUAUGAAUUGUUAAUCGUAAAACAUUAUCCCUAUUGUUUUCUACGGUUCAUUCUGUUUGCAAUUUCUCGAAUGUCAUAAUGAAGACUGUUUGCACGAAUUAAUAUUGAUGAAUAAUAACACGGUAUAUAAUGCAGUUUUUUUACCUUUUAUAAAAUUUAAGUGGAAUUACAUCAUUUAGAUAUUUGAAUGGACUCAUUGAUCAGUAAAGAUAAAAAAACAAAUAGGGUCUUCACACAACGGGAAUCGUUUUACUGCCGUCAACCGACCCUUGAAUUAGCCUGUAGCCAACUGGCGGCAAGUGAUUUUGCAGACAAAGAUCAGCCUGCAUAUCCGUGUAGACUGGUCAUGUACAACACUGUUCGCUAUUCAGUCAGUAAAUUUUCAGUAAACACAUCUUCGAAAAAUAAAUGGCAUUGCCCAAAUCGAUUGAUGAAAAUGGAUACGAAUAAAAGUCCAACAGGGAAAGUCACAUUUAAAGAAUGCAGAGGAAAAUACAGCACUCUACAUAGAGGUAUUGGUUUGUGUUACUGUAAACAUGUACAGAUUGGCCAAGCACAUGUGCAUAUGUACACAAAGUAAUGCAAUAAUAACACUGAGGAAACAAACAGGCAAUAUUUCGGGUCGACUUUCAUAUAUUUGACUCAUCUCAGCAAUGUGGUCUGCUAGUGUUGGGCGUUACGUUCAGUACAGAUUUUUCUUCUGUACAUCUACAUUAUUUGAUUAUUUGGAAUAUAAAACUUUGGAGUUCCGACUCUUCCGUUUAACUAAGAAGUGAAACCUGACUUAGUGGCCGCCUGUAUUGAGCAGUUAUUUGCCUUAUGUACCCAGUCAGAUGACUUCCUGAUUUGAGCUUUUGUUCUUAUUUCCAGCUGUCGAAAGCUGCAAGCUGUCUUAAGCAGUGACAUUAUGCUACGCAUUUGGCUGAAUGUAUACAAAUGUACAGAUAUCGGCGAACUUCUUUAGCGAAACUUUUUGUGAUAUGUGUAUCAUCAAUAUUGAAUACAUUUUACCCUAAUUGCUAUCAUAAACUAGUUAUAUAAAUCGAGGCCUAAAUGACAUGACACUCCAUAAGGAAGUGUUAUUUGAUAUUAGUAUUUAAAUAUAUACCGUCAGAACAAACAAAUCUAGCCUGGAGGGCUUAAAAAUGUCGCAGUAUAAUAGACCGUAGAUUGAUAUUUUCUCCAUGCAUAAUUUUCAAAAGCACUUCUUGAAUUCUAUCUCGAAAAUAAUGGCUCUGUUAUUCUCUGAUAGUAUGUUGAUUUACAAACGUAUUUGAAAUUAAACUUUUAUGAAUAUAAUCUCCAAUAAAUAUAAAGCCAUUAAUGUUAUCAAUGUUAUUCAUGCAGCUUGAAAGGAUUAUAUAAUGAUGUUAUUAACGUGUUUGUUUUGUAACUGAUAUGCU